AUGGAAAUAAAAGCAGUUGUCAGAAGAUAUGAAACAAGAAAUAAGACAGCAGGAACAGAACUGUUGUCAUCCAAAUCUCGAGUUGAUUGGAGACGCACUAAAAGGGAGCUCAUACUGCUUGACAGCAACGAUGAAUCCUCAGGUACCUCUGAGGAGGAAGAGUCGACCACAUCAGAAGAUGAAGUAGAUGAAAAAGAUGAAACUGUUGUGAAGAACAGCCUUUCAGGUCAGGAAGAGAAAAGCCAUGAUGGAGAAGUAACAGAAGAUGGUGAGGAUGAGUGCAUCGUGCCUGGGAAGCGUAAGAGGUUGAACACCUCUGUCUUAUAUGACAGUGAUGAAAGUGAGGACAGUGACAUACUUGUCAGAAAAGUUUUUGCUAAACGCCACUGUAUAAUGGAUGAAAAUGAGAGUUCCGAAGAACAGCAGCCUGAUAAAACCUGCCCUACAGAAAAUGUUUCUACUAAUAGGAAACAGAAAGUGUUUGCAAAAUUGAAAGAACUUGCAAGACAAAGAGUAACUCGGAGAUCCUGCAGCAGUGAAAAUUGUGAGGAUUCUAAUGGUGAAGCAGAAAUGGAAGAGGAGCCAUUCUGUCACUUGCCCCUCACACCAACAGAAGAUAGUGAAACUGACAGUGACAGCAUGAAAGAUUUUAUAGUAGAGGAAGAUGACGAUGACAAUGUAGAGCACGUAAAGACUGAAAACCAGUCACAACAGAAGGAACUAAAUACAUCAAAUAGCGAGUUGCUGGCAUACUACGUCCCACACUUAUCUCGCUGUGAUCAUUAUGUACACUUCAAAAGAAUAGUAAAGGCUUUCCUCAUAAAUGCAAUUGAUGACACUUUUCUGAGCUCAUUAUAUG